CUUCACCAAUUCACUUCAUUUCUCAAAGCAGUGAGAAAAGCGCUUUGUCUCUAUUGUGGUCGAACCACACGAGGUGAAGAACUACAGGAACAUAAAGCAUCGGAAACACUGGAAACUUAAACCGAGAACAGCAUUUCUCAUUAUAGUCGUGAAGAUCUUCAGAUCCGGGGCUCACUGACUGCAACUCGCACAUAGAACUGUGGGAUAUCGACUGCUUCCACCAUGGAACCUGCCAGAUCAGAAACGAGUAUCCUACCCAAUGGGAAAGGUCAUGACCUGGGAGAGGAAAUGUGCAUGCCAAUGAAGACUAUGAUGGAGGAAGAACAAAAUGGUACCCAUCACGGCAGAUUUGAUGAUCCUGAAAGCACACUCGCUGAGAACAUUGAGUUCCUGCCCAACGGUGAGGGCAAGAAGCCACGUUUCACUGAUUUUGAGGGGAAGACCUCUUUUGGCAUGUCAGUCUUCAAUUUGGGCAAUGCCAUUAUGGGCAGUGGGAUUUUGGGAUUGGCCUACGCAAUGGCCAAUACUGGCAUACUGCUUUUCUUGUUUCUCCUCACGGCUGUAGCUGGUCUGUCGUGUUAUUCUAUUCACCUCCUGCUGAAGUCCUCUGGUGUUGUGGGAAUCAGAUCAUACGAACAGCUGGGAUUCAGGGCCUUCGGAAUGACUGGGAAGAUGGCGGCCGGAAUCGCCAUCACUCUUCAAAACAUUGGAGCCAUGUCCAGUUACUUAUACAUCGUCAAGUCAGAGUUCCCACUGGUCCUGCAGGCGUUUUUGAAAACAGAUACCAGUUCAGGGGAGUGGUAUCUCAAUGGCAACUACUUGGUGGUGCUCGUGUCUCUCUCUAUCAUCCUGCCUUUGGCGCUAAUGAAACAGUUGGGUUACCUUGGUUAUUCCAGUGGUUUUUCACUCAGCUGCAUGGUCUUCUUCCUUAGUGCGGUCAUCUAUAAGAAGUUCCAGAUCCUGUGCCCGUUCGAGGAGUUCUCGGCCAAUAGCACGCUGGCUCACGCACAUUCAAACGUAACCGUUAACCACGCCCACAGCUACCAUAACGGACAUGUGAUGGAGGAUGACUCCCACUGCAGCCCGCAGAUGUUCACCGUGAACUCACAGACCGCAUACACCAUCCCCAUUCUGGCUUUUGCUUUCGUGUGCCACCCUGAGGUCCUGCCCAUCUACACUGAGCUUCGCAACCCAACUCAGAGGAAGAUGCAGCACGUUUCCAACAUUUCCAUCCUGAUCAUGUACACUAUGUACUUCCUAGCUGCUCUCUUUGGGUACCUAACAUUUUACACUAACGUUGAACCCGAGCUCCUGCACACAUACAGCAGGAUCGACCCCUAUGACACUCUCAUCCUCUGUGUGCGUUUGGCUGUCCUCACCGCCGUCACGCUGACUGUGCCCAUCGUUCUGUUCCCAGUACGGAGAGCCAUUCAAGAGAUGGUGUUUCCUAAUAAGACCUUCAACUGGAUCCGACACAUUGCCAUAGCUGUCAUUCUCCUGACUUUCAUCAACAUGCUGGUCAUCUUCGCCCCCAACAUCCUGGGCAUCUUUGGCAUCAUUGGUGCAACAUCUGCUCCGUGCCUUAUCUUCAUCUUUCCUGCUGUCUUCUACAUCCGUAUUGUUCCAAAGGAUAAGGAGCCUAUGCGCUCUACCCCCAAAAUCUUUGCUGCUUGUUUCGCUGGACUGGGCGUGUUGUUUAUGAUAAUGAGCUUGAGCUUCAUCAUCAUUGAUUGGACAACAGGCAGUGGCAGUGCUCUGGGUGGCCACUAGGAGACAAACUGAUGAAUGUGUGUUUGUGUACGUGGCUUUGUAUGAGAGUGCGUGAUGUACGUUUAGUUAGUGAUGUAACAUACUGGAAGAUGAUCAGAUUUAUUUUUAUCCGUAUUUUUCUGCCUGUUAUGACACAGAGAAUGCACCGUCCCACUGUAGGAAGGGAAAGGUGAGGGGGACCCAAAACAACAUCCCAUUUUCCAUAGAUAACCUGCCAUCAGACAAUGGAGAAAAAUGGCUUUAUUUUAACACUUUUGAUAAAUUCAGACUGAUGUUAUAUAUUUUAAAACAUGUCAAUUAUUUAUUCAAGGUUUAGUACAUCCUCACUUAUCCUGUAGAAAUAUGCUGUUAUGGCUUGUCAUCAUUUUUAUAGUCUCUCACUCUCAGUUUUAUCAACCCGAGCCCUUAUACUUGACAGGACUGUACUGUAGAAACACAUAAUCGCACCCUUCUAGAUUUCUUUUAAGUGACAGCAAAUGCAUUGUACAAUAGUGACCUAUAUAUAUCAGAUUUUUACAUAUUUAAUGUGUGUAUUACUAUGCCCAUAUAGAACAAGGAGAUUGUAGAAGUUUUGAUCACUCUCUGGGAGUUGAAUGAAGCCAGCUAGUUUAGUAAAGAUGGGUCAGUAGAUGGUUUACUCUCCAGCAGGCUUUGGACAAUCAGUGAGUCACAUUACCAUCUAUUUCACGUACUGCACAAUUUCAGUGUGCCAAAGCAAAGUAUUUCCAUAAUCAAACUAUCAUAAAGUAUAUUUUCAUAGAAUGCAAGGCUUGCCUUGAUCACAUGGAGAUUUGAACAGUGAAAAACGUAUUUAUUUAAAUGUAUCGAAUAUAUUUUGCAGUUCACUGGAUGAGUAUUAGUGUAUGUUAUAGUAUUGAUGUGUACAAUGACCGUGUCCUUUAUCGUUUUUAUGUGUAUUGCGUUGAAGAUCUUAAUGGCUGAAUUCAAGUUUCUGCAUAUUCGAGGCCAUUCACGCAAAUGCCAGAUAAGGACCUCAUAUACAUAUACAAAUCUAUAUUUUACUUGAAAUAGACAUAAUCUCCCCUGUAUUAGAAUUCCAAGAAUCAUGUUAAGCAUUUCACUGCAGUGAAGUUUAAGUGAUUUAGUUUGGAAGCUGCUUUGGAAGAAAUAUCUCACAUGAAAACGGUUGUAAAUGUUUUAUUUUUUUCACAUCUGUGUUUAACUUGUUCAUUUUCUUAUCUGAGUAUUUAUGGACCCUGCUUUCGGUAUUAGCAGUAGUUAAUGAACCAGCUGAAAUGUAGAAACAUGAAAGACGUCAGUAUUUUUAAGGAAAUAAUAUGCUUAUUCUGUGUUUGAAAUCUCUCGCUCUUACUCAGUGGUUCAUGCGAUGCUUUCAAAACUGUAAUGUGUUCAGAUUCUGCCAAAAUACUGUGCUGUGUAAUCCACAAUAAGUUGUGCUAAUAUGAUGUGCCGAUUGAUGACUAGCUAAGGUUGGUAAUGGUAAACCAUGAGCAAACACGAGUUAUUGUGCAACAGAAGUGAGCAUGCCUUUAAUAUCACCAAAUACUUAGAAGAGUAAUAGACUUUCAUUUGGAAUAUAUGAAUUGACAUGGCAUUGAUGCUGACAUUGUGAUUCAGUUUGCACUGUCAACAAAAAAAACAAACUGAACUUUACGUUGGAGAUUGAAGUACAAUGCCGGUGGCCCCCAAUUGUCACUAUUUAACGUGGCAAUGAUGUUUGUUAUGCAACUCUUGCUUUAUUUUCCUUUAUCUGAUCAUUUGAUUCUUAUUUGUACUUUUAAAAUCUUAAUAUCCUAAAGAAAAAGUGCCUCACAUUACAACCAGCUACCUUAAAUACCCUUUAGAUACUACCUAAUUUUUUAUUUUGCCACUGAUCACCAUAUAGGUGCUGGUUAAAUAGACUUUAACUUUUUUAUCCUGGUUACAAUGAAUGCUAAUUUGUAAUUUUAUUAUUAUACUUAACUUUAUUUGAAAUACUCUUUUAGUUAAGUUAUAGCUUUGCUGGGUAUAUUGUAUUUGCUUCAACCAAAGUAGCAUUAGAUUGAAGAUAAAUUCAAUUGAUAAUUCUGUAUUGUGAUUCAUAUGUAAUGCAAAAAUGAUAAUGACUGUAAAUGUUAUUUUGUCUCAAUGCUGCCCAGUUUAAUGUACCUUUUCUUCAAACAGGUAUUGCUAAUAUUUGUUAUAUUUAAUCUGGUACAGAUCAUCUGGAACUUUUCCUCUCAAUAAGGAAAACACAUUAUUUACAUUUACAUACCACACUUAUUUAAUCGAUACAGUUGGGUUCAUAUGAUAGAUUGUUUAGUUCAUUCGUAUAUAUUGUAUAUAAAUGUGAACCGCUUUUGUGAUGCAUAUUUAGCUUGUAUAGUGUAAAUAGCAGAACCACUUUGACAAUAAAAAAAGCUGUUUUUAAACCUG